AUGGCUGCAUCCAGUGGAAAUGGCAAGAUCUUCGGACGAUUUGAUCCGAUCCAUAUUGCUCUUGCCGUCAUUUCAGUCAUAUUUUUGAUUCUUUCCAUUGUUUUUAUUAUUCUUUUCGCUACUAAACAUGACACCUCUACUGGAUUCUUGGCUACUGGAUUCUCGGACAGUAAAUCUUCCGACGUGUCAAGUGAACUGAAAGGUCUUCUGAACAAGAAAUACACCGUGAAUUCGUUUGCUCUAGAUGUCCAAAACAAAGCAGUCAGUGCGGUCUUCUCACUUCGGGAUGACGUAUCCACGAAAGAUGUUCAGAGUGUGCUGUCCGGAUCGAAAUUGGUGACACAAUUGGAGACGACUUAUGGAGACAAAGCUACCGCAGUAUGCCGUCAACAACCAGCAGUUUCUAUCAUCUCCACUUCUCUUGCUCCAGCGACCAGCGCUCCCACAAAUGCUCCACCAGUUACCGGAAAAUGUAAAUUAAGAUAUUUCGAUUUCCUGAAAUCAAAAAAAAUUGCAGAUUGUAACAACAACGCAAUCACUCGUGACAUCGUCAUUGUUGUGGACAUGAACGAUCUUCCAAAGAAUGAUCACAGCGAGAAGAUGAACAGUCUGGCUGCCAUCCGUGACUCAUUGACCAAAGGAAUCACUUUCCCACAAGCCAACGUCUUCUUGAAGGCGGUUGUUGCUGGAGACGUCAUUGAUGUCACCGCUAACAAUAAAUGGAUCUCGGAUUCCGUAACUCUCACCGCGGAUUUCAAUAAACUUCUCGCUAUCAACAACUUCAACAAUCAGUCUUCUCUUAUCAUUGCUGACGUCUUCACCAAGUCUUUCACCACUUUGAAAACUGGAAGACAAUUUGUCCCAGGAGCACUUUUCAUUGUCACUGACAAGCUACCAUCAUCAGACAGCAAAGUUAAUGUUAAUCCAAGAGAUUCUGGAAUCUACAUCGGAUAUACUGGAGUCCGAAAGAACUACAUUGACAAAUACAAUACCUUGUCUGAUAGCAUCGUCACCGCCGAAUCCUGGACUGAUCUUGGAAAACAGGAUCCAUUCGGAACACUCGUCUGUUCUUUCUACCAGCUUCCCGCUGCACCAAAGGCCGGAUUCGAAUUCUUCAACUACCCUCUUGGUGAACUCGAUGCAGGUGACACUACAAAAUGCCAAGUCCUUGAUAUCAUCAUUGCUUUCGAUAUCUCUGAAUCUCUCUCCAGAAUCAUUCUUCCAAAAUAUGUUGCUUUUGCCGAGAGAUUGGUUGCUCAAUACAAGUACAAGGCCAACGAUUUCACUCGUGUUGGAGUAUUGACUUUUAACGAUCAAGUCACUGAAAAGCUCACAUUGGUAAACGGAAAUGACUUAGCCGCCGUCAACGCUGCUAUUGAUUCUGUCCAAUACGUCGGAGGACUCACUGAUGUUACCAAGGCGCUCAAAACAGCCCAACAACUCUUCACAACCGAAUCCGAUGCAUCUCGCUCCAAAGUUCUCAUCGUGCUUUCUGACGCCGUUCCAACUGUUGACACCUACACCGAUGAAAUUCAAGCUGGAAAGCAAUUGUCCGCUAUGGGAGUUGCCACGUUCUUCAUUGGAUACAACCAUUACAGUGACGAUGUUAAGAAGGAGUUGGGACAAGUCACCAAUCCAAAUUACGUUUUCGGAGAUAUGUCUGAUGCUUCUUUCAAUGGGGUCACUACACAAAUUCUCACCACGUAUCCAUGCCCAAAACCAAAAUGUGUCACUGCCUACUACGCUAUCGAAAUCAGUGAGGCUACCGAUGAUUACGUUGUCGAGAACCUCAAAGACAUUCUCCUCAUUUCCAACCAAGCGAAAACUCAACAAACUGGAACCGAAUCAUACCAACUCAUCACUUACAACGAUAUCGGAAACACUCAGAUCAACCCAAAAGGAGAUGCUUCUUUCGACGCCUUCCAGAAAUACGUUCAGGCUUUGAUCGACAAUCCAAACCAAGUUGCGGCGCUUCGUAGAGGAUACACUCGUCUUGAUAAUGCAAUCGAUGAUGUGACGGCUGAAUUGAAGAAUCAAGCAACCAAGAACUCCCGUUUCUCUGGAAACAUCAUCUUCAUGGGACAGGCUAACGAUGCAGUUUUGAACCCAAGUGUCCCCGAAGCACAGAAGAUUGCCCUCCUCCAAGCCUCUGCAGCCAACUUGAAAGCUCAAACUGCUGGACUCAUCUUCGUUGUUGAUGAUUCAAGAGAUGUCACAGACUUUGGAGAUGAUCUCUGGAGCAGUGUCACCACCAAAAAUCGCAUCGUUCAGAAGGCUGAUGACGUUGUUGCUGCUCUCAAGGGAACCGACUAUUUCCAAACAUGGAAGGCUCUUUCUUGCUCUCUUCCAGCUCGGUCAACUUGCUACGAUACGCCACUUGACGUCGCCGUGAUCAUCGAUCUUCAGAAGAAGGACGACUACGUUUUCCUCAACUACAUCACCAGUCUUCUCUCUCAAUUCUCUUCUCAAGAUGAUACUCACAUCUCGAUGCUUGCCUACGGAGCACGAAAGACUUCUGUGCUUUCCAAACUUUGCUGUCCUUUAUACCGACUGGAGCAAUGGAACCUAUUUUAUGACUACUACCACUGA